AUGAAGCCCUCUCCGUAUUCAAACGAUGAAUAUACCAUUGGAUGGAUAUCGACCUUGACUGAAGAGUUGAUGGUAGCCAUGGCGAUGUUGGAUGAGGAGCAUGGUAGGCCCCAGUCUACACCGCGAGACGACACCAACGCAUAUCAUUUGGGCAAGGUUGGUGACCACAAUGUUGUGAUGGCCUGUCUACCAGGCGGACAAUGGGGCAUUGGUCCAGCUGCUAUUGUGGCAGAAAACAUGCGCCGCACGUUCAAGAACAUCAGGUUCGCCCUCCUGGUGGGGAUUGGAGGAGGGGUGCCAAGUAAGCAAAAGGACAUUCGUCUGGGCGAUGUCGUGGUCAGCUAUCCUACUGGGACCUACACCGGCAUUGUACAAUACGACUACGGGAAAUUGGGAACAAAUGGCCGUGUUCAGAGGAAAGACCGGUUCCGUGCGCCUCCUCAAAAGAUCCUGGCUGCGGUUGACCUCCUAAUGGCAUACCACAUGAGAUCUAAGAAGCCAAUAAACAACAUGCUGGGUAUUAUCAAUGAAUUGGGUGACGAAUACGCAUAUCCAGAAGAACGCUUCGCGCCUGAUCUAUUGUACCGCGCGGAUUACGAGCACGACCCCGAAGCUGAAACUUGCGAUUCCUGCGACAGACAAGCGCUCAUUCCACGAAAUGCCCGCCACUCUCCCUGCAAACCACACGUACAUUACGGGGUCAUUGCAUCUGGGAGCAUGGUCAUUAAUAGUGGUAUCGAAAGGGAUAAGAUUGGCCAACGUUACAAGAACUCGAUACUCUGCUUUGAAAUGGCAGCGGCCGGGGUGAUGAAUAACCUCCCUUGUCUGGUUGUCCGAGGAAUCAGUUAUUACUCCGACUCGCAUGAAAACGAUCGAUGGCGAAAGCGCGCAAUUGCCGUGGCGUCGGCAUAUGCGAAAGAACUCCUCUUAGUGAUCGAGCCAUCCCAUGAGGAGCUUUUGCCCCCUAUAGUUGCUCAUCGGCUGGAUACCGGUAUGCGCUCACAUCACUAG